UCUCGUUGCAGUUACCUACCACUCGAAAGUCAAAAGUGGAAGCAUCCGAUUCUAAGUUCGGGUGUAGUAGACCACAAAUUUUCUCACACAAGAAGAUAUGGAAAGUGGGAACUCCAUAACUACCAACCGUCUGAUCCCUGAUAAUCAAUCUCGCUAUGGCUUCCACUACCUUAACUGUGCCUUUGCUGAAAGUCUCACAAUUCCACUCUCCAUUAUUUAAGCAACCAAGAUCCAAAUCUCACUCUUUCUUCUUCGUCAAUGCCUUCAACGAUCGAAACCCAAACUUCAGAAAAGCUUCUUCUCAUUUAAAGGCCAAGUUUCCCAUGUCGUCAAAAGAGCCAUUGCUCACUGGUCGCAGGCUCGGAUUCGAUGUUGAAUAUUCUGCUGGAGAGGAAGCAGGGUCGCUUGUGCCUGACGCAACACAGCAGGAGGCUUUUUCUUGGUCGUCUGUGAUUUUUCCGUUUCUGUUCCCAGCUUUGGGAGGAUUGCUAUUUGGAUAUGACAUUGGUGCAACUUCUGGCGCUACCAUAUCAUUGCAGUCAGCAGAGCUCAGUGGGACAACAUGGUUCAAUCUUUCAGCUGUUCAGCUAGGUCUUGUGGUUAGCGGUUCUCUUUAUGGAGCUCUUCUUGGUUCCCUCCUUGUCUACCCAAUUGCAGAUUUUCUAGGAAGGAAUCGGGAACUUAUUAUAGCGUCUGCGUUGUACAUGCUUGGUGGUCUAAUCACUGCAUAUGCUCCAGAACUCAAUGUUCUCUUAGCAGGACGUCUUCUUUACGGUCUUGGCAUUGGUUUGGCCAUGCAUGGUGCUCCUCUGUAUAUUGCUGAAACUUGUCCAUCACAAAUUCGUGGAACUCUAAUAUCACUGAAGGAACUGUUCAUAGUCUUAGGAAUUUUGUUGGGAUAUUUUGUGGGAAGCUUCCAAAUUAAUGCAGUUGGAGGGUGGCGUUACAUGUAUGGCCUUGGUGUCCCAAUAGCUUUUCUUAUGGGACUAGGAAUGUUGAGUCUCCCACCCUCUCCACGUUGGUUGCUUCUUAGGGCAGUUCAAGGUAAAGCAUCUUUACAAGAGUAUAAAGAGAAGGCCAUUUUUGCCUUGAGCAAACUAAGGGGUCGGCCUGCUGGUGACAAAGAGUCUGAGAAGCAAAUAGAAGAUACCCUUGUCUCCCUGAAGUCUGCCUAUUCCGAGGAGGAAUCUGAGGGCAGUGUCUUAGAGGUGUUUCAAGGACCAAGUUUGAAAGCCUUCAUUAUUGGCGGAGGUUUGGUACUUUUCCAACAGAUAACUGGACAACCUAGUGUUCUAUAUUAUGCAGGUCCAAUUCUUCAGAGUGCUGGAUUCUCUGCAGCCACUGAUGCCACUCGAGUUUCUGUCAUUAUUGGGUUAUUCAAGUUGGUGAUGACAUGGAUAGCUGUCCUAAAAGUUGAUGAUCUUGGAAGAAGACCCUUGCUGAUUGGAGGAGUUGGUGGAAUUGCCCUUUCGUUGUUUUUGCUUUCUGCUUAUUAUAAAGUUCUUGGAGGCUUCCCCUUUGUUGCUGUUGUAGCUCUGCUUCUCUAUGUUGGUUCCUACCAGAUAUCCUUUGGGCCUAUCAGUUGGCUAAUGGUAUCAGAGAUUUUUCCACUUCGCACUAGAGGAAAGGGAAUAAGUCUUGCAGUUCUUACUAACUUUGGUUCCAAUGCCAUUGUAACCUUUGCAUUCUCACCAUUAAAGGAGUUGCUGGGAGCUGAAAACCUUUUCGUUCUUUUUGGGGCUAUAGCUUUGUUGUCGCUGUUGUUCACCAUAUUUUUUGUCCCAGAAACUAAAGGUUUGAGCUUGGAAGAAAUUGAAUCUAAAUUCUUAAAGUGAAAGCUCAAUGCAUUUGGAACCAUUUGUCAUAUGCUCCUAGUGCGCAAAAAGUUAUGGUUAGUUCAUUAGCUUACCUUGAUGUGAUCUUGAAAGGUAAAUUAGUUGCAGCUUUAUCCAAUGUAUUUGUAAAUAUCAUGAGGAAAAUAUGUAUCUUAGAAGCUGAUUGGUAAACUAAGUUUAUACGUUGAAGUUGUGUGGUUUAAUUGUCCAUACCAACUAAUAGUUGAUAGCAGUCACUGGAAGUUGGUAGUUGUUGAUAAUUUUAGUUCAGUCGUUAUUAAAAUGUAUAUGUCGUUUAAUGAUAUAAUUGUUUUUAUAUGUUAUGUUGUAUAAUGUAUUUUUUUAUUAUUUUAAA